GAAGAAAAAACACCUUAAUUACGAAGUCUGACAGAUAGUGAAUAUUUUGCCACGUGAAUGAAAACGCAUAGGACUUGGAUAUACCUAUUUUUCUAUGAUACAAUUGGUAGCCUUGUCCUGGAGAACUGAUCCAAUUGUGUUAUUAUGCAACCGCAAGGAUCUCAUCUAUAUCUGGGUGUUUAAGCCACUGGAUUGCUCUUCGCCCAAAUCAAUGUGGUUUCUUUGGAACAUUUUCAGCAAAGGAACGCAUAUGCUGCAGUGUCUUUGUGGCAAGAGUCUUAAGAAAAACAAGAAUCCAAGUGAUCCCCAGCUCAAGGGUAUAGUGACCAGGUUAUAUUGCAGGCAGGGAUACUACUUGCAAAUGAACCCCGAUGGCUCUCUUGAUGGGACCAAGGAUGACAGCAGUAAUUCCUCUUUGUUCAACCUUAUUCCUGUGGGCCUCAGAGUUGUUGCCAUUCAGUCCGUGAAGACAGGGUUAUACAUCGCCAUGAACGGGGAGGGCCAUCUGUACACAUCAGAACUCUUUACAGCGGAAUGCAAGUUCAAAGAGUCUGUGUUUGAGAACUACUAUGUGAUCUACUCGUCCAUGUUGUACAGACAACAGGAGUCAGGGAGAGCUUGGUUCCUAGGGCUCAAUAAAGAGGGCCAAGCCAUGAAGGGGAAUCGAGUGAAGAAAACAAAACCAGCUGCUCACUUCCUGCCCAAGCCAUUAGAAGUUGCCAUGUACAGAGAGCCAUCGUUGCAUGAUGUUGGAGAGACAGUGCCCAAGGCGGCGGUACCUCCCAGUAAAAGCACAAGUGAGCCGGCGGUGAUGAAUGGAGGUAAACCUGUCAGCAAGCCCGAUAAGCCCGCCACAUAGCCACAGCUGACCAGUGCAGAGUGUGUGUGUGUGUGGAGGGGGGAACACGAUGGAGGCAGGGCUUUUCCCUAAAAGACUCCAAACCCUCUUUCUUCUGUGGAUCGGAUCCAGGCAAACCUUCCUUCCUUUCUUCUUCUCCUCCUUCUCCUCCUCCGCCUCGUCCUCCCUCUCUCCAGCUGUCUCAUCAUGGGUGGAUGGAUUCUGAGGAGGCUGAUCGUCUCCGGCACAGGAGGGAAGAGGACCUCUGAUCAUGGGAUGCCUUUAGAUUCCUCUGUAACUGUGAGAGUCCAUGAGAACGAUGCGUGUUUCACAGCCACACUCGUGGUUUACCUUGCUUGCUGACGGUUCAUCCAAGACAACCCCUUCUAUAAUGCCCUGUCACAGCAGAGUCUGUGUAACUUCAGAUCUAUUUUCUAUACCACAGUUCACCAGCUAUGUUCUGGGGUAGAGACUGUACAGAUAGAGUAAAUACUUGGACUGUCAUUCUCUAUUUUUUACAAGUAUGUUCCCAUGUCCCUCUCUUUCUAUCUCUAGUCACACACUUUUCUCUUUGUCAAGUAACUUAGAAAAGAAAAAAACAUUUUGCAAGGGCGACGUGUGAUUUUCUAUGGCACACACUCACGCCAAUGUGGUUUAAUCAGCAUAAAAACGCAGACAAAUGUAAAGAAUCCCAAUAUUCUUCAUGCCUACUGUAAAACACGCACACACACACACACACACACACAGGCACACAGACACACACACGCGCACACACAUAUGCACACAGUCUGUGGGGAGGAGAAAAUCAGAGCCUGAGACUGAGUAUUGCCUUUUUACGGCCAGAUAAAAACACAUUGGAGGCUGGCAGAUAGCUCCCGCAAUCAUAGUUGAUGAAGUGCUAAUUACCCCCACUGCAAUCAAUGUGAGGAGCCCCCCACACACAUACAAACACACACAUACACACACACACACACACUCAUAAACAGAUGUGUGUGUGGGUGGGAGAGCGCUGUAAGGAGUGGUGUAUACAUAUCACUAUCUAAAUCCCACCAGCGGUUCAGUCCGCCUCCUCUGAUAAAUAGAAACCUGAAGUCUAUUUUUCUUUAAUCUUAUUUCAGAGCGUGGGCUCUAGGAAUAUCUCUAGGCCUUGUAGGCCUCUGUCCCUUACUCGCUGACUUCUCUGAACUAUGAGGCGAGGCUUGUGGCUUUGACUCAGAUGGUCUAUAACUGCAGCACUGGCAGCCAUCUUAUGGCAGCGUCUACUCAAGGCCAGAAAACAACAUGGCUGAAUACCAGUAGGCGACAUUUAUACUGGCUGCAUCCCCGUUCUGUUCAACUAAAGCAUGGGCAAGGUUAGUAUUGUGUUCUCUCUUCUUGCAGCAGUAAUACAAGAGAUGGCUUAUAUUGUAACAUUCUCACUGUAUAAAACUUAGGGAAGAUGACUAUUAAAAAAAACAUAACUUUUUAAAUGACUAGAUAUUAUGAGAGGAUUUGUCUCCUAGCUCAGCAUGCAGAGUCCAGUACAGAUCAUAUUGGCCUAUCAUGUGCCUGUUUGGACCUUGAUUCCCGGCAUGCAAAAACAGGUUCCCAGUCCCCACUGGGCCAAAGGUGCCUCACCCACCCAACACAUCCAGUAGAGGACACGUAGCAUUAUCCAGCCACCAACCUUCACGUCUCACUCAGAUCAAUUCAUUCUGAAAUGACCAAAGUCUUUUUUCAUCCCAGAAGAACUGACUCUUUCUAAAAAGAAAAAGAAAAAAAAAAACAAAAAAUCGGAUUCUGAUUCAAUUCAUCCAAGCUUUCACUGUGAUAUGUUCUAUCUGAAAGAAUCAACUCUGUGUCGACCUUUGCGUGACUCUCUGAAAGGUCUUCGCUGAUGUCAUUUUGGACAGGCUAGGGAUACCUUGAAUAAUCCACAUGCAUGUAUUUCUACAAGGGAUCAGGUAUGGGUAAAGUCUUCUCGAUGGUAUAUGUUAGUCGACGAGUACUGUAGUUUGGUUUGGGACUUGAAUGGGCAUGUUCUACGCUAUGGCACACUCAUAGAUAAUCUAAAGGCACUUUCUGUUCUCAUUUUCAUCAUGACUGUUAGCAGAUUAUCGAAGUUCUGUCUGAUUCUAUCAACCGAUUUAUAACAUUUGUCUUGCUUUAUCGAUUUUCCUAAUAGUUUUGGUAGAUAAGAUUUAGAAUGUUAAGUAGACUGAUGCUACUGUAUGCUGCUAAAAUUGCAACUAUAUUAAGAAAUUGAUUUGGUAAAUAUAAUUUCCUGAUUUUAUUGGGAUUAUGAGUGACCAUUUCUUAUUACGGGACAUUAAAGCACAUUAGUUAGACUUCAAUAUUUGUCUGUACAAAGCUGUUAAUGCUAUAAUGAAGAUGACGUACUACUGUAUACACACAGGAGCUGAAAACCACUGUAGUUGUAUUUGGGGUUGGUGUCUGUCCUCCUCAUUACAACCAAUCAUUUCCCCCAUUUGAUGAACUCUACAUGCUGGGCUGGCUACUCCGGCCCUGCAGUCCAGUUAUCUGGCUCCUCCGAGGCUGACUUUAUUUUUGUAAAUGACUGGUGUGUAAAUGUACAUCUCUGUAGCCACCGUUUUGUUUGUCCGUCCUUUUCAUUUCUCUUGUAUACGGGUCGUGUGUGAUGUCGUCUUCUGAUCCCGAGAGCUGGCACUUUUGUUUUCCUGUCCCCCUCUCUUCAGAUGUGUGUCACAAGGAGAACCUUUUAGCAGAACCUAGUUUCUUUGUUACCUGUGCUUCUGUUUUCAACCUCUUAUUUUGUACGUUGUCCCAUCUGUUGCAUGGGGAGAGGAUGGCAUUGAUGAACUGCAUGUAGUAGGCUAUGUCUAUCAAGAACUGUUGGUAUGUACCGCUAAUUUUACAUACAUAUAUGCAACGAGUUUGUCUGCACUGUACAGUUUGUGUUUGUUGUAUACACAUAUACAACAUAUUGAAUAAAAUAUUUAUAUAAAGGUGUACUGUAAUGUCAGUAACAUACUUAAUGCAAUAUAGUGUGCAGUAUAUUAUUGCACCUGUCAUUUUGAUGGGACAAAUAAAACAGAGGGGUUGGCUAAGUUACUUAAAGCAUGAAAAAGGCCAAAGUAGAAUUUACAUUAAAUUUUAUUUGUGACUUCUUAUCGGUCCUCUUUUCAAGUGGUGAUUGAGCUCUUGUGUCAAUGCAGCUCUCAUCCCCUGAUACCACCUUUUGAAGUGACAUGGACAUCCAGCAUGCCACAACUGAACUAUGUAUGUCCUCUCUUUAUUUCUACCACUUACAAUUUAACCUUAUCACUUCGUAUGAGUUGAGUGAGAAAUGUCCUUUGUGUACCUUCGGUACUGUUUGGGUUUCAUGGCAAAUUGUUAUGGAUUGGUUGUUUUAUAGAGGUGGAGAAGAAUAGGCACUAUUAAAAUGAUUUAUUUUCAAAAAUAUAUAUAUACCAUUGCAAGUAUGCCCAUUGGAGUUAUGUCAUGUUAUAACAAAUUUGUAACCAUGUAUGAUUACGGUCUUCGCAUUGUUUUCCAUGCAAAAUGUUGUGUCAUGCGGCACAUUUAAUGUUUUAUUAUUAAAAACAAAUAAAAACCUCAAACAAUACCUCUGA